AGAGAGAGAGAGAGAGAGAGAUUUCAAUGGAGGCGAGUGUAGCUGUUGUUGCAGAGGAGCUCAAGGCCAUGGAGAUAGCGAACGACAAGAAGCCUGUUGUUGUUGGUGAUGAUGGUGGCGAGGCCAAGAACGCUACUACUGCUGAUAUCGCUGCUACUGCUGCUGAUAUCGCUGCUACUGCUGCUGAGUCUCAGAAGAAGACGAAGAAGAUGAACAAGAACCGAAUUCAUGUUUCCAACUCCAAGCGACCUUUCCUCUUCUACUGCAAUCUUGCCAAGAGGUACAUCAAGCAGUACAAUUCUGUUGAGCUCUUUGCCUUGGGCAUGGCUAUUCCUACUGUGAUCACAAUUGCUGAGACUCUCAAAAGGAAUGGACUGGCUGUUGAAAAGAAGAUAAGCACCUGUACUGUUGUCUCAAAGCUGGUGGAUGUUGAAAAUGGACGGAUUGUUCUCAAGGCUCAGAUUGCGAUUUUGCUGGAAAAGGCUGAGAAAAUAGAGGUGACCGCUGUUGCUGUAGCAUGAAGGCAUUGACUCAGAAAUUGAUUCCAUCUUUGGAUUUCAGAAAUUUCUUUUUUCAGUAAAGUUUGAGUUUGAGACAUAUGAUGAUGUAUAUGAGAUAGAUGAGAGAAACAAGAUUAGUCCUUUGCUUCACAAUGCAUGUUUUCUUACAUGCUCCUUGCUUUAUAGUUCCCUGUUCUGAGAUCAAACCUACUGUUGACAAUAAAUAAUAUGGUGUUUACA